GGCAACGAGGGGGACGUCUCCGCGUUCUCCGAGAAGUCCGCGCCGCACUGCGCGGACGAGUCGUACGCGUUCUCCAUGGGCGAGGCAUUCCUGCAGCGCUUGGCGACUCUGAAUCCCGUGGCAACCACGUUGCUGUGGGAACAGAGGGCGGAGGCUAUCUUCACGGAGCUCGUGGGCAUGCCGCAGCACCACAAACGGAGGAAGUCGCAGCUCAUCGACGAGAACAUCCCCCACCGUGGCAUCUUCGGAACCCCAUGGGCCUGGCAUUUCGUGACCGAAACAAACGGCCGCAAGUCCUUCCACUUCCACGCCGGUGUCAUCGCAGGGGCCUCUCCUACAUUGUUGGCCGACGUGGCUGGGUACCCACGCUUGGAGGCCGCUGUGCACGCAGCCCUGGACUCGAUGUAUACGGCCCACGUGCCAGCCGACUUGCACGCCAUCGACGUGGCCCGCCGGGCGUUGCGUAUACCAGCGGAGCGUCAGACUUUCUUCCAGACCACCGACACGCCCACCCCAGAAGCCGUCCGAGAGUUUCACAUAGAUGCCGCCAUCACAGCUCUUACCACUGGACUACAUACACACGCGGCCACCUGCCACAAAGGCAAAAAUGGCAAGCUCGGGUGCCGCAUGGCGAAACCCUCUGGACACCCCGUCCCCCAGUCUCGCGUCCUCGCAAUCCUGCCCGACGAACCCGCGCAGGGCACCGUGGACUGCUCUUGCAAGUACUGCACCCCAGGCCGGUUGCGCGACAUCAUGAACAUGCCCCGCGCCGAUUUGGAGUCACUGGAUCCCUCUGCAGCGCACGGGAUGUUCCGAGACGUGUGCCGCGAACUCAGCAGCCUUUUGUCCAGACCUACUCAAGGCCGCAACCUGAACGACUGCCUCAAUUCAUGUAGUCAAGACAACGCUCGUGCCAUCCUUCUCGCUUGGCACGGCAUGCGACGCCGAAAUGCGGCCCUCGUGGAGUUCAGCCCCACCCUCUCGGGACGCGUCCGGAGCAACACCGCACCUCUGCACCUCGGUGCCGGGGAGGCUGCGAAGGGAGCCGGCAUGUACAUGGUGAAAUACCUCGUUAAAGAGGCUUACGAUCUGGCAGCCUCGUUAUCCGCAUUGGCGGACGCUCGUCGUCACAUUGACCUCUACCCGUCCUCGGCUGACGACGCAGGCACCGCAGCACGGUGCACUCGCCACUUCCUACAACGAGUUCUCAAUUCCAGUGCCGCCGAGCUUGCCCCGACACAGGCGGCUGCGAUCGCUCUCGGCGUCGCGUCAAGCGGACGUUCUCACACAUACGUCAAUGCCUACGUGUGGGACGCCGUCCACCUCAGACGUCUAUUGCCCACCGGGGUCUCCCUGCUGUCAUCUUCGUCCUCCGACAACCCUCCGCCCGCCCCCGAUCCGCCCGACAGCGAGGAUUCGCCCUUGGGCCAACGCGAUGCCGACGCAUGCGCUGGCGACCCUGACGACGUCGACGCGGCAGACGAAUGCGACCAUCCACGCCGAGGCACCUGCAGCAUCUACACCACUUCAGACGGAACGCCGAUUGCAUUAUCGCAGGCUGACCACUACGCGCACCGGUCCCAACAACUCGCCGACCUCACUUUCGACGAGUUCGUCAUGGGGAUGCGCAUCCAGAAAGUCUCCGCGGAACAGAGGGCAAAGAUAGCCGCCGAAUCGGGCAAGAGGGGCCGCCCUACGAACCCGAGCUUCGAACUCGAACCGCCGCACCCUUUGGCGGGCCAGUACGUCAUCAGGGCGCGCCAGCGUAUGGAGGUGGCCCACGCCGAGUACUUCGCCGCGCUCUUCGCACCUUGGUCCGCGGCCCAACUGGAGACCGCGACCCCGACCACUUGGAGCGCUUAUCAGCGCCGCCUGGAGGACGCGGCUCACGGCUCCGCGCCUCCUGCAUCCGACUCCGUGCGGCACGGGAAGAGUCAGAGAAUCGCGGAGGGCCGCUUGUUCCGCAUCCACCAUGUGGCGACAGCCCUCACGUCGAAUGCCCGGAAGACAGAUAUUAUGAGCAAAUGGCGCAUGCGAGAUCGCACUCUGUGGUCCGAAACGACCUCCUGUCCAGACGUAGCCCUUCCCCCUGGCCGCAGCAAGGAUCAAGAGACCGACGCCGCCGCAGACAUCCGCAACUUACGCGACGCUGCCAGCGCCGACGUCAACUCCAGAGCCAUGAAACGUGACGACCCCCACGACACACUCGCUUCUCUCCGACAGCAAGGGCUCCGGCAAGUGCAUCUGCUCCAGGGAGCUGGGGGUCGAAAGAGCGUGCUCUUGAAGGCGAUGCACGCCGUCUUACGACGCCUGCACUUGGGACACAUGGCCAUCACAGCCUGGACGGGAGUCGCAUCUGCGCCUUUUGGGGCGCCGACGCUGUGUUCUUUACUGAAAAUUGACUUCACUUGCCUGGCUGAAGACCGCCCCGUGGACGCUGACACGUUGCAGCUCCUCCGCAAGGACUUCGCCGACGCCAUGUGCGACCCGGCCGACCUGCUCGUCUUCGUCGUCGACGAGGCCAGUUUUCUCGUCCCGGCAGCCUUACACCACAUCGACCUUCAACUACAACGAUUACGCGGUGUCCACGGCGUCCCUUUUGGAGGCGUCGCCCUCAUCCUGGCAGGGGACUUUUGGCAGAAACCGCCUCCGAGCUCCACGACGCUCGCAGAACUCCUCGCCAGCGCUGACGUGCCUGGCCUAUCGAGGCCAGUCCGGCACUCCCCCAUGAGCACAUCAGAUAAGGGCCUCGAGAUAUUCCGACGGGCUCGCCGCACUGUUCUGACGCAGCAGAUGCGAGCUGCCGACGACCCUGGUUUCCAGACGGAUCUGCUGCAGCUCCGGGACACGACCCCUGGCGCCCCGGUUCCAGCGAGGUUGACAGACUCGCUCCGCGAGGUUUCCACCCACGACAUCCAGACACAUCCUGCGUGGUCUUUCGCUCCCAUCUGCGCCCUGUCCAACUUCGAGCGGUACCUUCUCAACAGGAUCCAGGCCGAGCGCUUUGCCAGGACGCACUCUCUACCCUUAAUCCGAUGGCGAUACCCCUUACACGGACGCCACUGCUCUAUGCUACCAGCUGAUGUCCAAGACGGCCUUUACGAGAACGAGCCAGGCAUGUGGGGAUGCUUCGUGCGCGGGGCCCCGGCCAUGCUGCUCGCCAACAUCCAGCCCACCAAGUUCUGCGUCAACGGGGCCAUGGGUUUCCUGCACUCCCUCAGCUUCGACGGCGAUGCACCGGGAGUGUUCUUGGACGCUGUUGCACCUGGCGGCUUCCGGGAGAUUAUCCUCGAGGAGCCCCCUGCCUCUAUCAACGUCCAGAUUUCCUUGCCCGCUGGCGAAGACGGCGCUGGGAUCGAGACCCUCGUUCCUGGGUCCGUGGUCGUUCCCAUCGCAUACACCUCCCACGUCGAGGACUACGACGCCACCUCGUUGUUCAGCAUCCUCAAGCGCGCGCCCAAGCGCACCCGCAUACGGUGUCACGCGGUUACGCUGGCGUUCGCUUGCGCGGAUUAUAAGCUACAGGGCAAGACGUGCGACGAGUUGGUGCUCAGCGUGGCCAGGCUCGCCUGCGGGUGCUUCACCGACCGUCUUCGGAAGCCGGGGGACUGCACCAUUUGCGCAACUUGCCGCCUGCCCGAGAACUUCACGCUUGGAACGCCGGGUACGAUGCAGAUGGAGAUUGGCAACCCUCCCUCGCCCAUGCGGCGGCGUCUGGCGCACCAUCUACCCGACAGCGUCCACCGCGCGCCCCUGCGCGGGCACCGCGUCCACGACCAAUGGCGGGAGGGGCAUAAUUGGUACGAGUACCCGCACGCCG